GUCAGCGCAUUAGUUGGUUUAGGAAAGCAGCACUGGGUCGGGGAUGAGGCUUGGAAAGUGCGCGGCAUCUCCCGACUAAGACGGCCCGUUGAAAAUGGCUACAUCACCCGUUUUGAUGAUAUGGAUUUGCUUUGGAAAGAGGUCUUUGAGGGACACCUCCACCUGGACCCAAAGGAGCAUCCAAUCCUCAUGACUGAAGAGAUGGGCAAUCCUAAACAUGACAGGGAGAAAACAGGAGAGAUUGUUUUCGAGUCCCUCGAGGCCCCUGCGUUCUACCUCGCAAAGCAGAGUGUCUUGGCUCUCUACGCAUCUGGCCGGACAUCUGGAAGUGUAUUCAGUUGUGGCUACGGCCAAAGCUAUGCCGUGCCCGUAUAUGAAGGCUUCGCCCUUCAGCAUGCCGUGUCUAAACUCGAUAUAGGCGGACAUGAUUUGACAGACUUCUUCAACAGACUAAUUGGUGAGCGUGGAUAUGCCAUUUCCACCAACGCCGAGAUCGCAGACGGUUCAAAAUGCAAAGCUGAGAUUUGCUAUGUCGUUCAAGACUAUGACAAGGAGCUUCGUCGCCUCUCGGUUCCUGGUAUUUCAGUCGAAACACCCUUUGAGCUUCCGGAUGGGAAGACUGUUUAUGUAGACAAUGAGCGAUUUAUGGUACCGGAAGCUCUUUUCAACCUCAGCAUGGUCGGUUUAGAGGCCGGAGGUGCCCAAUACGCUUUGCAAAGGUCAAUUAGCAAGUGUGAUACUGAGAUUCAGCAUUUGCUUUACCAGAAUAUUGUUCCGGCUGGUGGCUCGACAAAGUAUCCGGGUUUCGCAGAACGCUUACGGUCUGAAAUGGUCAGCAUAAGUCCAUCUUCGACGUCAAUCAAUGUUAUCUCUUCCCCAGACCCGUUGAAAUCAGCUUGGGUUGGGGGAUCAGUGGUUGCGUCUCUGUCCACGUUCAAAGAUAUGUGUAUUUCAGCUCAAGAGUAUGAGGAAACAGGUUCAGUCAUGGUACACAGGAAAUGUAUC